AGAGAUAAAUUUACGGAAUUCAUCAAGCAUCAGGGCGAAACUUUGAAACUUAUGGUUGUCGAGGAACAAACGAAAGGAUUGCAUAAAAUUGAAGAUGCUUUAGAAGAACAAAAGGCGAAAUAUGAGAAAAAAUUGAACGAUUGUCUUGAAGAGGAGAGAAAGAAAAAUCAAGAACUGCUCGAAAAGGCCUUAGAGGAAGAACGCGCCCGCGGGGUUGCUGCCGCUGACGAAUUGCUACUCAAUCAGAAGAAAGAGUUUGAGUCUAUGAUCUCUUCAGUAAAGAAACAAUUUGAAGAAAAUCUUUGUCAGGAAAGAAAGGAAACGAAAAAUUUGAUUUCAAAGUUUGUUGAAGAUCAGAAAGAAGAAGCUAAGAGCAAUUUGAAUGAAACAAUGGUCGAAGAACGCGAAAAUCACGUCAUGCAGCUGUUGUUAUUAAAGACCAAUUGAAAGAAGAAAUGAAAGAAUAUGCAAAAGAAAAAGAAAAAGCUGAUGAAGCUUUGCGACUACGUAACUAUCAAAGUAUGGACGUGUUUUUACAAGCAAUUCGAACACAACUUCAGUCUUUAAUGAACAACACAGAAAUCAAUCGAACUUAAAGUGUUUUAGAUUAUAUAAACACGGCAACAAGACUUAAGCAAAAUAAACCCAUUGUUUUUAAUAAGCUUGAUGCCUGCCUCUGGAAAAGGUUUGAGAGAAAUACACAUUUAAUUAAACUUUUGCAAUUUCAUUUUGCUUUUCCUAAGCAACUCUUAAAGAAGAGCCUGCGUCAUAAACGAGCAGUUAUAGGUUCUAUGACGCCAGCUAUGUAAAGCAGAAUGUGUAUACUAUUAGUCUAUUUUAAAUACUUUCAUUUUACUUUGUGCCAGCUGUACUGUAUUAAUUGCUUAUGAAACUUUAAAUGUACGUUUCCCCAUCGUGUCGGACAUUAUUAAAAGUUCUUAUUUUCAAAUAAAA